GGUGGCAUUCUAUGUCCAGACAGUGUCCAGUCGCACACAUGGGAAACGCUCUUACCGCUCGAGCCGGACGGUGCUAGGAAUGGCGCCAAUGCGCCGCCAUUUUCAUGAAACUUUACCGUGACCGUAAAUCGCAGAGACUGUGACGGGGAAAGAAUUCCAGCGGACGUCCGCGCGCCCGUCGGUGGAGCGUCGGAAAAAGGUCGCGACGAGGGCGAGAAUAAUGCGCCGCCUGGCACGCCUGCACGAAGGGGACUGAGCUGGACAUUCAAGAAUGCAAGCUGUGCAGGAGAGCAUAUGUCCCAACGAUAUCGAGGGUUUGGACACGGAUACUCUUAUCCCAGUAGGAUUCCUGGCUUGCGAUGCCUCCUCUCACUCGAGACCGCAAGAUGCCUCGACUAUGGUGGAGCUUGGGAAGCAGCUUCUGCAGAACGCCAAGAACGGCGACACGGAGGCUGUUCGCGAGCUCAUGUGCAGGGGCGCGCCGUUCACCACCGAUUGGCUCGGCACAAGCGCGCUCCAUCUCGCCGCACAGAACAAUCACCUAGAGACUGCGGAAGUUUUACUUCGAGCAGGAAUAUCGAGGGACGCUAGGACAAAGGUCGACAGAACUCCGUUGCACAUGGCAGCGUACGAAGGCCAUCAUCAAAUGGUACAACUGCUGCUCAACUAUGGAGCGGAUGUCAAUAGCAGAGACAUGCUCAAGAUGACGCCAUUGCAUUGGGCAGUGGAACGUGAAUACGUGGAUGUGAUGCACGUUCUGUUGGAUCACGGAGCUGAUACAAACGCAACUAGUAAAUUCGAGAAAACUCCAAUCAGUCUUGCGUUAGAGCACGACAGGUUGGACUUAGUGGAUAUAUUGCAACAGGAGAGAGUGCUGAUAGAUAUUCAAGCUCAUCAACAGAGUCAGGCUAAUUCUGCAGAACUGGAAUUAGCCACAAAUAAUUUAGUACAAUUAGAGGCGGAGCAAAAUAGCAAAAGUUCGAUAAUGCAUGGAGAGGAACAGCAUAAGUAUGGAAUAACGCAGCAGCAUAAACGUAAGGCUUCGCACCAAGUGCAAAUGGAGAAAAAACAAAAAUUGAUCUUUCAACAAAUUUCUGUAUCGCCAAACAAUACAGAUUGCGAACAGGAAAGAGAGAUUGAAGAUGUUGAAAUGAUUAAUGCGAACAAUAUUAUGAAUAGUAAGAAACAUAAAGACCUUGCGUCGAUAGGUAAGCAGAUUAAGUUAUUAGAAGCACAUGGAAUCAGAAUGAUACCUGUAGAGGAUGAGUCGUCUAUUGUAGAGAAGGCAAUGGAAAGUGGGAGAACAGUGGUCUUGACAGAAGCUGGAAAAAUUGCGUUGAAUUUGACAAAAGGCUCGUCAAUUAAACGCCUCCAAGUUGCCUCGCGGAAGGGAGCGUCGAAAAAAGUUAUAGCAAUUAGAGCAGACCAAAUUCAGUCGAAAAUUUUUAAUCCGAAUUCUAACAUGUCUGUCGCUACAUCGCGGAGUCCGAAUAUUUUGAAAAAGUCUGUCAUGGAUAAUAAAGCAACCAAGUUGUUGAUCACAGCAGUUUCCAGCGCUCCAACAGCAUCUACCGUUAGUGAAAUCAAGAAUUCCGUUUCGACAAAGGAAAAGGUUGCGAGUUCUCCGAUAAAAAUUGCGGAAUCAACAGUGUUACAAUUAGAUGAUGAUAUAGAAGAAAUUACCGAGGAUAAUAAUCCAGAAAACAGCGAGCUAGUAACUGAUAUAGCGAUACUGAAUAAACAAUUAGCAGAAGCACGAAAACAAGCCGCCGAGUAUCGUAAGCAAUUACAAGAAAAAGUGAAGGAGGCGGAGAUAUAUAAGCAACAACUCAAGAACAUCACGAGUCAUAUAGUAUCCAAGUAAUUUUGUACAGACAUAGGUUUCAUACUUCAAAAUUUUCAAAUCGGAAUUUCUUUUUUUAUCAAAUUUAUAUCAAAAGACUUUACACCUUUGUUUUUUACAUAAGAUAUUUUUACAAUAUAUUAAAAUCCCUUUCUUUUGUGUCUGAAUUUUUCUUCCACAGAUACGAGAUAACAAUUUUCAUCAACACAUUUCGUAUCUAUAAGAAAUCGAAAGUUUCCUACUUGCAAGAUAUUUUUCAAUAUUUACAUAAACAUAUUUUCGAUUUUAAUGCAUGAAUUCUGUUUCUCUUAAUGCACAUAUAAAAGAUAUAUAAAUUGUGUUUUAGUAAGAUUGAGGACAAGAAAAAAAUAGCAGCAAGUCACAUAAAAUUUGCGAAUACAUCAAUUAAUUUGCUUUCCACAUAAUGUUUCUUUAAUUUAUUCCAUGUAUUAUUUCAGAUAAUAUGUACAGAUAUAUGCAUAUACGUAUAUAUACAUAUAUGUAUAUACAUAUACACACUUAAUGUGCACACAUAUUAAAUGGGGUACUUUAUAAUUUCAAAUAUCUUUUAUAUUUCAGAAGAAAAAGGUUUGGAAUACAUAAAAGUUUCUUAAUUUUUGAGGAAGUCAUUGUACAAAUAGGAUAAAAAUGCUUCUAAAUGUUUAAUUCAAGAAAUGGUUGUAAAUUUUGUUAAAAGAGCCGAUUUUUGUCAAAAUAUUUUAACUUUCUAAAGUAAUAGAUACUGGUAGAUUUAGUAACACUUAGGACAUAGAUUAAUUUGUCAUAUUAAUAAUAGAAUUAUUAGAAUUAUAUUUGAAUUGUUCAAUUGCCAGUUAAUUUUUUGUCAGUUUCUCUACUUUUUUUCCUGAAAUAAACAGAUAAUUUGAGUCACGCGUAAAACUUCGUAAUCAUAAAUAUAUAAAUUUACUCCUUUUCUGAACUUUAAAGUUGAUUUAAUCUGAUUAAUGAUUAAUAAUUUGAUUUAUUAAAUGCUGAAAAACUUCAAGUGACUUCGUUUAUAAAUAUUAGUUAAAAGAUAAGAUUCUGAGUUUUGCUGUUUAUGUUGAAAGUUCUAAUUCAAUUAACUGUAUAACAUAUUACAUUUAUCUGUACAAUAUUCAAACGCUCGCAAGAAUUUGUAAAAUAUAGUAGACCUAACAUAAGUCUUGCUUCCUCUUUAUAAGUGUAUAAUAAGUGUACAUAUAAAUUAAUUUUUUGCAGAAAAUUAAUAGGUAAUUGUAAUUUUCCUUCGAUCAUUCAUAAUAUUCAAGUAAGAAUGUUAAUUGUUAGGCGCCCUCUAACACUUGACAUUCUUCGUUCGACCCGUUAGUCAUUUCUUUCGUAUUGGUUAUUAAAUAGCGAUGACGAAGGUGCGCUGAACGUAGCACAAAGAUUAUAGUGUCGUUGGAGUUUAUACGCCAUUUCGAAUUUUAUACAUAUUGUACUUUCAUAUCUUUACCAUAAAUUAUGCUUCUACAUAAUUUACGAGCUGUUACAGAUUGUCAGACAUCGAGAUGAGAAAUAUAACGUGUCUUUGAAGUUGUUGAACCGAAUACGAAGUCUAUAAUAAACUUUCUACAAUCACAAUUAACAUUGAACUUGUAUAUUGUCGACAAAUGAUUUCGCUUGCGCUUGUAUAUAGCACGUAUAAUAUGGAAAGCAAAUCAAUUCAGCGAGAAGCCCCUUACGUCGUGUAACUUAAAAUGUGCUUAACAUCAUUUCGCAUAGUCUACCCAACUGUACAUCGCUUCGCGUACCUUAGUUUAAUACGAAGCGUUUGCAUUCCAAGUAUUUUUCCAACGGCUGCCUAGCAGUUACGAUAAAUCGACAAAGAUGUGCGAACAAAAAAUACUAGGUAUCUAUCGUAUUUAGUCGAUGCUAGAGUAUUUGACCAAUCUAAUCUAAUCUAAAUACGUUAUCGUAUGAGAUGUAAAACAAUGAGACAGUGUAUAACAAAUGGAUACAGAAAGUGGUUGACCUCAGGUACAAAAAAAAAGAAUAUACAUUGUAUAAAGCGCUAAAGUUGUGGAAUGCAGCGGUCUAUAUCUAGAUUAUAAUUUUUGUAGAAUAAGACUUUUCUAGCAAUGUACAUUGUAAAUAUAAAUUUAUACAUAGUUACAAUAUAUGGGUUCCCGAGAUGGA